UCUCUUUGCUCUCUGUCUCUCUCUCUCGCCUGCUCCCUCUCUCUUUGUCUCAUCUAUAUCUUCUCAAUAUCUCACGCUCUUACUUUCAACGCUUCUCUCCUUCUGCCGAACCAAAUACGCUAACAUUCUCCGUUCAUCGUCUUUCCCUCUCUUCCUAUCUUUCUCUUUCUCUCUCGUCUGUCUCUCUUCCUUACACCUUCUUUCGGGCUCGCGCGUACAAGAUACGCGGGACGGGCACCUGUCAGCGCGAUCAACAGCAUCAAGAACAUAGGCAGACACAGCGGUAGCAUCAGCAUCAGUCUGAGCGGCAGCAGCGGAGACAUUUAAGCUUGGCCGCGCCAGCGCCUCGCGUAACAUCUUCUAACAGACGCGAGUACCUAUUUAUAAUUCCAUCAAGCGCAACGGGGAACGAAACUGCUGCACGAUCGCGUACGGCCACCUAGGUCAACCACGAAGAAAAGAGAUGAAGUGAGGUCGGCGCUGACCCGAGAGCGUGGCACGGCGCGACGCAGUCGCACUUUUAAAUCGCGUAAUUGAAGAGUGUGAUGAGUCGGUCGCGUGCGACGUCUUCAUCAUCAUCAGCAUCGUCGUUAUCGUCAUCGUCCUAAAGUUCAAGGAUUCGGUCCCAGUUGGUUGACCGAACGAGCGAAUUUUCGAAGUUCGAGAUACGGGACUGCGUAUCUCGAUGGAGCGCGACGAAUUCAUUCAAUCGUAUCACGCUCAUCCUUGAAAGUAAACGCCAUCAGUAGCAAAGGAUCUCCACUUCCUGUUCCUUUCUGUGGCAGGUUUCGCAUCCGCGCACUCCCGCCCCUCUCUCUCUCUCUCUCUCUCUUUCUCUCUUUCUCUCUCUCUCUCUGCUCUCUCCUUUUCUCUCCUACUCCUCUCUAACUCGUCUGACCGACCAGUCGAUCCGCGCGCGCGGCUGUCCCGUUAAGAGAGAAGGGUGGAGGGCGCCGCGAGAGGGUGACAGUGGUGAAAUGGUACCGUGGCACGGGUGGUAUUAACGAAGAGGAUCAUCGAGGGAAAAACGACGGACAAUCGGCAGCAGCAGGAACCGGAAGAAGGCGGGAAAUGGAUAAAAUAUCAUGCGCGACGUCGACGACGUAACCCUCCGCUUGUCGGGGUCUGCCGUUGUUCAGUGUCGUCGCGCGACGUCGCCAUCAUCGUCGGCGUAAUAGCGCCUCGCCCGAUCGCGAGGCGAGGAACCUGCUUGUCGGUUGGCUGUUUGGUGGUGCGUGUACCUAUGUAUCCGUCCGCGAGUCCGUGAAGGGUUCGUGCGCUGGGCUGUUACGCGGUUUCAGCUGAGGAGCACUGGUGCGCGCUGGGAGCAUGCGGGCUUCGGGCGAGGUCCGGCGAGGCGGCUCCGCGGGAGGACCGGGCUAAAGGGACGACCGCAUAUCGGGAGGGACACUCGCGAACGCGGGCACGGUGCAUUCGCGGCCGUGCCCGCACCCGCACCCUCGCAUCUCGACGCCGCGCCGGUCACGCGCCGAUUAGGUUGAUCCUGAAGACGCGGAAAGCGAGCUGGGCUCGCUUUCGAAUGCAUGGAACAUGAUAGAGAUGUCGAGUGGACUCGGUGCAACCGCAAUGGGGAUUGGCGUUAGUCACGGGACAGGCGGCGAAGGUGUAGCUGGUGGUUGCCGCCUCCGUGCACAGAACCAAGGCCAGGCCUCGGGGUCUACGAUGCAGCAUAGCAAUCCGCAACAAUCGUCUCAGCAGCAGCAGCAGUCGCAGCAGCAGCAGCAACAGGCGCCCGCGUCGCAGCAGCAGUCGCAGCAACAGCAACGCCAAGCGGCCGGAUUCACGGGCCGAUCGAAGAAGGACAACUGUUGCCUAUGCUGGUGCUGUUGCUGCAGUUGCUCGUGUAGGAAUAAAUGUUUGGCGGCAGUCGGCGGUAAUUCGACGGGUACCGGUGCGGACGAUCAGGGCAAGAAAAAGGGCAAUGCCGGUGUCGGCGGUGAGCAUGGCAGCGGUAUCAGCGUUACCGACUUCGCGGGUGCAGGUGCGGGUAACGGUCUCGACGGACUCGACGGCCUCGACGGCGGUCUGGAGCGCUGCAGCUUGGAGGAGGUCCGGACCUGGGGCUCGUCCUUCGACAAACUAAUGAAGAGCGCCGCCGGCCGCAAGCUCUUCAGAGAGUUCCUCGUGAGCGAGUACAGCGAGGAGAACAUCGCCUUCUGGCUUGCCUGCGAGCAACUCAAGAGGGAGAGCAAUCCUGAGAAGAUCGAGGAAAAGGCGCGCUACAUUUACGAGGAUUACAUAUCCAUACUAUCGCCAAAAGAAGUGAGUUUGGACUCGCGAGUGCGGGAAAUCGUGAACCGCAACAUGGUGGAGCCUACGCCGCACACCUUCGACGAAGCACAGCUGCAAAUCUACACCCUCAUGCACCGGGACUCGUAUCCGCGAUUCGUAAACAGCGAGAUUUAUCGAAGGGUGGCCAGAAUGAAUAACAGCACUCCGCCCAGCCCGAGCACUGGGCAGGAGCAUAGUGGUAAGGCGAAGAGCAAACGAGGGACGACGUAAUCGUGAUCGUGAUGGUCCAGAAACGUCGGGAGCGCGGACCAAGACCUCUAAAAUCAAGCACCUUCAUCAAAGUCACGAUUGGCCGAACCGUUCGGCAAGGGUUUCGCAAUACCCUCCUUGUCGGAGAGCCUCCGUCGAGGCGAGGAAUCGCCCGAGCGGACAUGGCUGACGAAGCUAAUCCCUCGCAGGAGGGAAUCUCCAUCCCCUCGGGUGGACGACGAGCUUUCUGGUCGCGUCAGAUCGCUCGCACGGAAGUCGGGAGCUUGUUCAGUGAUUCGCUCUUCCACGCGAAGGCGCAACGGGGCCAUGUAAUCGCGCUCGCCAUUGCACGCGAGCCAUUACGACACCGAUGAUGAUGAUAAUGAUAAUGAUGAUGAUGAUGGACUGAACGUACGACGAGAUCGCGAUCGCGGUCGGUCGCGUAGAUCACAAAUCGCGGCGUUCCACUUUCAGGAGUUCGGUGCAGAGCGCAUGCACGCGGGACGGUGGAUCGUAGCCGGAGAAAGGAAGGUCACGCGAUCGCACGGGGAUGGCGGGCACCAAACGCGAACACCAUCGAUCCUUCCGUGUCCAUCGUUCUUCGAGCCUCGCAAUCUACCCUCGUUGUAAUUGUAACUCAAAAGCUCGAACGGAGGCUCGCGAGCUUCCCCUUUCUCUUUCGCUCUUCUCGGCUUAAAAGCUAAUUCGAUUUGAAUCACAUACCUUAUGUCUUUCACGAGCGAUUACAAAUAGUCGAGAUAUCCUCUUCUAUUUCUCAGCAAGUACAAAGGAAAAAUUGGAAAAACAUUCUGGGUUAUUCUUAUUAUAAUUAAAUUCGCGCAUGUAAAAUGUGAAUGAUAUGAUUCUAACUCAAUUUGCCACAGGCCAAGCAGACUGAAAGAGGCUGACUAUUUGAUUUAAGUCUGGUACGUUCGACGAAACGAGAUGCUCACAAUGUAAUACAUAACUAUAAUUAGCUGAUGCGUUUGAUGUUGAAGAGAUAAUCGCUACAUAUAUUUCUAGUCAUAUGUAUUCGACCGAAAUUCCGCGAACACGCAUUUUUCCGCGGACGGACAUACUCUGCAAGCUCGCGAAUUGAGCUUUCAGAAUAAUGGAUAUUUAUCCCUCUCUCAGGACGCAAUUGAUUCCGGACAUAUUUUAUGGCGAUUGUGUCUCCUGUGAUCUUAAGAUUAACGCGCGUAGCAAGAACUCGUCGAAAAUGUCGCGUGUCUUCGUGAAGAUAGGUUUAAUCUGCUCAAGAUCGAACUUACUGUUUGCUCUCUCUCUCCCUUCUUCUCUCCCUCUCUUUCUCUCCCUUCUCUCUCUCUCUCUCUCUCUCUCUCUCUCUCUCUCUCUCUUUCUGUCUCUUUCUUUCUCUUUCCUUCUUUUUCUCUUUAUAUCUCUCUCGUUCUGCGACAUUUACCUUCCAUGGAUGGGGGAGAAUCGAGUUAACAUCGUCAUACAGCCCGCUGUAACUUCAGGGUAACGUAUCAUAAUGCAUUUUUUAUCGCGCGCACUUUUCUAUAAUCAACAGUAGUCCGCGAGUUUUCCUCCUCGGGAAGGACGAGGUCGCGAAAUCGUAUUUAUCCCCAAAAAAAACGAGGAGAGUGUCGAGAAAGAGAAAGGGAGAGACAAAGGGAAUCUCUCUUCGAAAAUUAUUGCUAAGGAUACCUCGAAUCUCGUUCGCUUUCAUCAUACUUUUACGGAUUACCGAUGGACAGGGAUCUUCGCCACUUCUGCGUCAUCCCCAUGGCGGAUAUUGAGCUACUGCCAGCGAGAACACACCAAAGAUCGAACGUGCGUUGAAGUCAACUAAUUUGACGAUCACCAAAGAAAAGAAUGACAUUCAAUCGACACGAAUCACAUGCAUACGCACACAUGAAUACGCAACACACGCACGUAUAUAUACAUAUAUAUACAUGUAUAUAUAUGAGGCAUUCUCGCUGAAAUUUUCAUAUUUUUACCCUGACUUACUGCAAUAAUUUUGACAAUUUCCAAGAAGUAUUCUGAAAAAGAGAAGACACGUAUUUUUUGGUUUGGACCUACGAUUAGUAUCUUCAGUGUAAUUUUUAUAAAAAUUGAAUGAUUCGGUAACUCUACCUUUUAAAACGUUAUCUUGGAAAUGUUCAAUCUUAUCAAAAAACCGCUUGAAUGAAAUUUGUUCAGUUUAAAAUAAAUUACAUGAUGUAUAUAUUCUUUUUAAUUUUUGGACAGUCUAAAGCUCUUUAACAUCGUAUAACACAAUUUUAGACUGUUCAAAAAUUAAAGAGAAUAUAUCAUCAUGUAAUUCAUUUUGAACUGAACAAAUUUCACCUGAUAGGAUUGAACAUUUCCAAGAUAUUACUGUUUAAAAAGUAGAGUUACCAAAAAAUUCAAUUUUUACAAAAAUUACAUUGUUGGAAAUAUUGAUCGUAGGUUCAAACCAAAAAAUACAGUGUUUUCUCUUUUUCAAAAUACUUUUCGGGAAAAAAUUGUCAAAAUCAUUGCAAUAGGUCAGAGUAAAAGUGUGAAAAUUUCAGCGAGAAUGCUCCAUGUAUAUAUGUAUAUAUAUACGUGUACAGAGACACGCACACACAUACCCACGCUGACGCAAAGCAACGUACGCUCGUAUAGAAUCUAGUCAUCGUCACGCGGAAACGCGCAAUCGUGGGAGAAAAGGGCCUAAAUACGAGAAAAAAAAUACCAAAUGUCCCUUAAAAUCGCGCGAAAAGUCGAGGCUAUCGCAUCGAAAUUGAACCAUCAUCGUUGAUGCGUCGACGAGAGCAAUGAAACAGAAGAAACGUGGGAAGAGAGAAAAAGAGAGAGAAAGAAAGAAAUUUAACGGAAGAGGCGUUCGAUGAAAAAUGGCGAGGCGUCGCGGUGCGGAUGCAUCUUUUAACACUAAUUUAUAAGUAUAAGUACGGAAUAGAAUUUAAAAUAAAAUAAAAAUAAAAAUAAAAUAAAAGAGGGAGUACACGAUGAGACACUCGAGCGACGUUAUCGACGUUUGUAAUCACGAUCGAAAAGUUAACAUCGUUCGCGCCGCGGCGCCCGCUUAUCAUCAAAAUUUCCUUUCGGCCGCGAUGCGCUUCGACUCGAACGAUAUAUACUUUGCCUUCGGGUUUAUCCUCUUCUUACAGAAGUUCACACGAAUGUUCACCGUAAUAUAUGUUUACAUCUGAGAUCUAUUGCAGUAUGUAUAGUGCAUAGCACUCUGUGUUUGACAAUGGUAAGUAAUGUAAGCGCUGGAGAGUCGUCUCAGAAUACCACAAAAUGAAGAAAUACGGGGUAAGGCUGAUAUUUCAUAUGUCGUAUGACAAGCGUACUGAUUGGCUACAAGAUAGAGGAUUUCUAGAGGCUCGAGAACUUUUCUACUUCGCAACCAAUCAACAUGCUUGAAAAAUUUGUCGCACGACACGUGAAAUAUCAGCCUAACACCUAACUAAUGUUAAACGCAAAGAUUAAUAGCCAGCUUAAUAUAUAAAGUAAUGUCCCGAAGAAACUCCUCUGGCGUUCAUACUUAUGUCAGACACAAAUCACGCAAAAUGAAUGUCGGAUGUAAACUUGCCGCCACUGUUAGCAUCUCGUCUCACGUCGUGAGACCGAUUUCUGCGUCACGAUAUCGGGAAGAUAAAACGACGCUCGGCCGAGACCGCAACCGGGAUAUCGCAAGCUCAAGAGACUCGUAUUACUUACGUACUUCUUUCGGUUUUUUCUUUCCCUCGCGAAACAAUAUACUCUCAGGAAUUUACUGGAACGCAUCGAUGGACGACGUACAUAAUAUUUGCCGCGCUAUGAAACGACCAAGAGAGCGAUAGAAUUUCGAGCGCAUCGCGGCGCGCCCGCGCGAUCUCUCCACUUGCGACAUAGACGGUACACGUCGCGACAGAGGUAGAAAACAUGCCAACCAUAAUACAUAACACAUAACAAAAGACGCGCUUACUUUCCCGAGGAUCAUCGUGAUCGGGAAAUAUGAGGCGAUGUAUGAGCGUGCGUCUCUAGUCAAAUCGAAGUCGUCGGUAUCGUCGCGAGCGGAUAGCACAAGUGACAACACUCGCAGUUCGCACAGUCAGUCAGCGUUUGGCUACUGCCCUGUAGAUAAUAUAUAGAUAGGUAUAAUGAACGAAGGAUUAAUGAUUAUAAAUAUAAAUAUAUAAAUAUAUAUAUAUAUAAAUAUAAAGAGAGAAAAAAUAUAUAUAUAAAUAUACAGAAAAAAAUAUGUGCUAUGUUCCACACAUAGGUGCCGAAUGCGAGCGUGCGAGAGUAACCGUGAGAGAGAAUGUGAGAGGGUGAGACGCGUGAGUCUUUUUAAUUUUCGAUUCUUUGUUCGACGCGAGGACAGCCCGUCCGCCGCGACCGAAAACACGAAAGACGCGGUAUCUAGUAAAGAUCUCAAAUCGAUCUUAGUUCUAGCAUACUCGACACCAUACUCGCGUAGCACCAAAGACGAACGUGAUACAGUGAAGAUCGUAAGCAGUGAGAAUUACGCGAUUAGAUAGAGAGAGAGAGAAGAGGGUAGAGCGACAACGAUAUAAAUAAGCGUAAAUGUCCCUUUGAAGACUUGUAAAUGCAAUAUUAUCUUAUUAUUAGCGUCGUCGUUAUUAUAUGUCGUUAUUAUAUUGUUAUAAAAUAAUUAUCAUUAUUACUGCUAUUUUGCGACUAUCCUUAUUAUUAUAUUUAUUAUUAUAAAACCUUGUUUCGUUGAUUUUUCUUUGCUGCAACUUUUGCAAGCAAGUCGCAAGAAGUAUGUGAUAUAGAAAUUUUGUGAUAUAUAGAAAUUAAAUGUCUUCGUCGAAGGCACUCGGACUCGUCGUUCUCUCCUCUUCUCUCAUCAGCAGGGCUGUUCAUUUAGGACCUCAACGCGACUUCCGGAGGCCUCGCGUCGGCAUCGUUGAUGAAAUUAAGCGGUGAGAUUGCUCGAACAUCGUCUUCACUAAUAAACGCACAAAUUUCUAAACCUUCGA